AUGGCCGAUUUCACUCGACUCAAAAGACAACGCGGGCAUAUUCAGGCUAUGAUAACCACCCUGAAGAAGAUUUUAGAUGCAUCAGAUGAAUAUCCGGAUCAACGUAACAUUAAUUAUAUUAGAUCAUCCCUCGAAUCGGCUCGGAAAGCUUUCGAAAAAUUUGAAAGAAUUCAAGGUCAAUUAGAAGAGUUAGAUGAGAAAGAAAUAGAUAAUCGUGCCGCGUACGUACAAUUAUAUAACCUGGAAGUCGCCCGGGCUGAAACAUUGCUACAAGAAGCAAAUCCCCCACCAAUACCUGCAGUUGACCAAGCAGCAGCCAACGCAGCCGUUGUUCAUACACAAGUCGCUUCAGCACUACCACCCAUCACCGUACCUACCUUUGACGGAGCUCCAGAAAAUUGGUUCUCCUUUUUUAAUUUAUUUGAAGCCGUACUUGAUGAAUACAAGUUAAAACCAGUUAAAAAAUUACAUUUUCUUCGGACAGCACUCAGCGGAAAAGCAGCAAACGCGAUCGAAUCCCUCGAAUUAACAGACGAAAAUUAUCAAGUUGCUGUUUCGAUUUUAAAAGAUCGAUAUGAGUCAACCCGGCGACUCACCCGUCGUCAUUGGUCAGUUUUGCGCGAGUAUCCACGUUUGCAGAAAGAUUCACCAGCAGCGAUUAGUCAACUCGUAGAUACUUUCAACCAGCACACUAGAGCAUUAGAAAAUCUUAAAGCACCAGUCUGUUUUUGGGAUAUUCCGUUGGUAGAUUUAAUUUUGUCCAAGAUCGGUUCCACUACAGCAUGGCAUUGGGAGUUAACCCUAUCCGAUGAUAAAAUUCCACCGUACAAAGACCUUUUAAAGUUUCUCGAAAAAAGAGCGGUUUGUAGAGAUAAUGUCCGGAAUGACACAAAUUCAAGUUCCUCGAAACAAGAUCAUAAUUCAAAACUAAAUCAUCAUCGACCGCAAACUCAAGCAUUUUACUCGAAUAACAAUGCUAAGCAACAUUUGUCAAACCAUCAACAUGAAACCUUGGUUAUGCUUCAGUUUAGAUUUUUUACAACUUUCACUCACAGUAGUCGUAGUAUAUAG